AUGGAAUCUCAGUAUCUGAAGAGAUGCCUGGGAAGUUGCUUGAAAAAGGGACUGGCAGAAGUUGUAGAGUAUCGGCCAGCAGAUCCAAUAGAGUAUCUGGCACAUUGGAUUUACAAUUACAGAAGAAUCUUAGAUGAAGAAAAAAAGAGAAUGUUGGAGAGGACUGAGCUGGAACAAGAACGUGAGGCAGCCCUGGUAGAACUUGAAAAGUUAAGAAAAAUUAAGGAAGAAGAGCUAAUGAUCCAGCAGAAACUUGAAGAACAACAUCAGGGUCAGUUGGAACAAGAACGUAGGGAAUUGGAACUGCAGAAUGAAGACGAUGAAAUGCUGUUGCAGCGGCAAGAUCAAGAGGUUUAA